GUCGCGACAUCAUCGGGCUGCCGUCGACAGCUUGAGCAUCGCGCGCGUCUGCAAUUUACUCGUCUUGUCCUUUGUCUUCUCGCCCGCCAUGGCGCCUCUCAUCCUGCACAACGUCCCCGACGAAGAAUGCUAUGUCGGCGAGGACGGCAUCAAGAGGCCAUAUGCCAUGAUAUAUCCACACGAAGGCACAACCAGAACACGGCGGAGCAUCGCUGAAACAGGCUCCUUUGGCAAGUCAACAAGACGGUCUCGCUCCAAAACAGGCACGCCCGCCCGCGGCCGAGAGAAUCCCACGCUCGCCGCCGCCGACAAGCUCUUCUACGACUGGGUCACGAACCAGUCCAGCGCCAACCCGCCCUCCAACCAGCGCAAGGCCACCGCCGGCGCCGCCUCAGGGGCCCAGGAAGACGCCGUGCCCCAGCGCGCCGCCGUCAAGUCGUCGCCCGUCGAGCUCGUCCUGCGCGGCUACCGCUCGUCGACGCAGCAGUACGCCGCCAUCGCCCACUACGAGUCCCUCGCCGGCCUCAUCCUCGAAGACUACCCCCGAGAGCCGCCGUCUUCCCAGCGACGGUACAAGUCGGAGCUGCGCGAUCCCGCCUUUACGCGCCGCCGCAACCUCUCGGCCGAGGAGCGCGCCCUGGUCAACCGCGCCGAUGGCGGCGAGCACUGGGUCAAGGUCACGUUUGCGAGCGCCGAGGCUGGCAAUGCUGCCGUCUACUCCAGCCCGCAGAGGAUACUGGGCCACCUCGUCUAUGCUGAGCCCUACCGGGGACUGGCACCGGCCAAAGACGAGGCCUGCCCGGACAUUGAACAGCUGGAAGAGGAGCGAUCAAAGAGCGUGCCGAGCUUUGCGCCGCCGAGUUUCGGACAGCCCAAGAGGAAAUCGGUGUCGGGUCUUCCCACGACGUUUAACAGCCGUCUUCUCGACCUGUCCCCUGCCGAAUCGAGAGAGUCCAGCCAGACCAUGAAUAGUGCCACCCUGACGAGCAUCUCUCACGGCUCAAGCGCCACCAUUACCGAACCCCUGCCUUUCGGAUUAACAACAAGCAUCGAGCCCAUGGAAAUCGGCCAGGAGGACAGCAUAUUCUGCCGACGCAUCCCCACCGCACGCAAAGCCCGUCUCCUCCCUGCCGAACAAGCCCUCUUACCGCAACAAUCCGUCGUGCAGCGCGUCCUCAACGCACUCCCCAUCAUCAAGUGGUUCUCGGGCAGCAUGAUUGGCAACGAGGUGCCGCGAACCGAAACCGGCGAGUUUGACUGGGGCCGCGCAAGUCUCUACUGGAAGAUUAUCUGGUGGCUUGAUGCCACGUUUAGUCUGUUUAGAGGCGAUGUGUAUAGCAUUGACAAGGAUGACUAAGAGGAGAUGUACUGGUUGACGGUGUUAUAUCUGCGUUUUAGGGUUUUUCUUUUUUAUCUUUUUUUUUUUUUGGAGCUCGAAGCUGGAUGGGAUGUUUUAUGAUACGAAUGGAUGGAAAGGAUAGACGAAAGCAAAAAGGGAGACAUCCAAACAGCGUUUUUUCGUUGAUGCCAAAGCAGCAGCGCACAUGUUGGACGCGGAGAAGAGAGCAAUACAGCUGCAUUAUUCCGGAUCGAGGGAGAUUUCUUCUCAUCAUGAGCAUUUUAAUAGGGGUACAUGGGUAUAAAUCAUGGACUCUUUUUUGUAAGGCGUUCCACUUGGUUGUAACACAAUAAGGAGAAAAGGUUGAGAUGAGGGGUGGUAAUAUAUGUUAAGACGAAAGCUCUUUUCUUCUUCUUUCUGUAAAUGGGAAUGCAUCCUUGGGAUUUUUUGUCUACAGUUUGUUUAUACCAGUUUCCUUCUGUGAGACGCCCCGACUCUUUUUUGAAUAUUGUUGUUUUUUGCUUUGAGACAUCUAUUUAUGCCAAAAAAGAAAAUAAGAGAAAAGUAAUCCUGUUUGUCCGCCCAAAAAAAGAUGAUGCAUGCUCUUCAAACGAUGAGGGAAAAAAAGGUCAAUCUAGUAAAUCAUUUCGUAAAGCCAUUCAAUCAUAUGGAGCCGAACACCAAACAAUGCCUCUGACACAAGGGAAAAAGAGAAGAGGACGAGAAAAGAGUAGAAAGAGAAGGAGAGAAAGAAAGGAGCUCUAUACACCUCAAAGACGCCUCUCCUAUGCUGUUUGUGCGGGAGUUGAAUCUCUUCAGUAGUCAGGGUUCAACAGCCCCAGUCUGUCCUCUCCUUCUUGCUUGCCAUGAUCAUCUUCUCCGCUGUCAUCAUCUUCUUCCUCAUGCUCAUGACUAAUUUCACGUUCGGUGAGAUCCCCGCUAUCAUCAUCUGAGAGCGUCUGUUCCCUCGCUUCCUCAGAAGACCGUUCUCCAUUGCUAUGAUUGUCCUCAUUAUAACCGUGGUCGUUACGAUCGUGG